CCCCGCCUCAAACACCCCUACGACAAAAAAUUGACGACAACAUAUUUAUACAACUGUCUCUGUAAGUUUCGCAGUUUUCAAGUUAAGUGAUGAACGAAAUCGAUUUAAUAAAGGAGGUCGAAAAGCGACCUAUUCUGUAUGACAAGUCUGUGAGUGGUUUCAAUAAAACAAAGUUGAGGGAUGAUGCCUGGAAAGAAGUACAGGAAUCAUUAAAUGUUUCAGAGUCUGAAUGUAAAAAGCGCUGGCGGUCACUUCGGGACUCCUUCAUAAAGUUGCAGAGGACUCAUGGUGGCAGGACACGCUGGCCCUACCACAACGCUAUGAGGUUCUUGCUGCCUCACGUGGAACCCAAGUGUGAAGCUCCAGUGAAACGUGAGACAUCAGAUUCUGAACCGGAAGAUGAGAUACGUCAUCGACCCGGCCAGUCCUUGCCUGACCUGUUCGAGCCUCGACUGGAAGACGACGACGACAGCUACCAGCUCUGCCCAACCAAGAAACCUCGCCUUAACUCCACAGACGACGAAGCCACAAGAACGGACCCGGACGAACUCUUUCUCCUCAGCUGUUCUCCAUCAUUGAAGAGACUUAACGCGAAACAGAACGCUGUGGCCCGACUCAAGAUUCAACAAGUCCUUUACGAAGCUGAGUUCGGUGUGCAAAUGGAGAUCCCUUACGUCACUCCGGCCAGUGAUUGCGAUUAUGAGAACAGUUCUUAAGAAUAAUUUUGUGCACAGUUUCAACUUUGAUCUACCCUGUCUCGAAGAUGGAGCAUUGUCUUAUCUGUGACAAACUACGUCGAGUUCGUAUGAUUUAAAAUGGUUUGUUUUAAAAAACGAAUUUGCAAACUUUAAAUAUUUGUUAAGGGCAGGUGGCUUAGCGCUAACAACGGUUGGGCUAAGAGCCUUCGAAGCGGAUUCGAGUACCGCGUCGGCCAAAAAUAUUGGAAUCUGAAUUAAAAUUUAUUUAAAUAAUCUCAAAAGCGAGUCAAAUCGCUUUAAAAUAAGAUAUUCAGAAUGUUGCUCAAAUUAUCAUCAGUAUAGCGAAGAGAAAAACCAUUUUAAGGCAAUGGUCAAAUAUUUUGAACAUACAAAUGAUUUGAGUUUUGGCACGAGACUAGUGCCAGAUUUGGCGAGACAACACGACCUGAGGAUGCCUCGUGUAGAGGUGAAACACGUGUCGAAUUGUUUAAAGACAAAUAUUGGCGGAAUUAACACUAAAGAAAACUCAAAUCAUUUGUAUAAUUAUGGAUUUCCGCAAAGUAACGCCUACUUCAAUAAAUUUUGAACAUAAUUAAAGCAAAUUUCAUAUGGCAACAUCGUUAUUUGAUUCAAACUCGACACAUGACCUGUAUUUUAGUAAUACACAUUUAAGGCGAUGCUCCAGCGGGGUCUCAUAACUCUUUAUAUGAAUAUCAAUUAUUUCCCUAAAUAUUACCCAGUCGAGACAAUUACGAAGGUAUGAAUGAGGCAGGUAUAUAUUUAAGAACUUCCAUGAUUUAACACCUUCUCUUUACACAUUAGUAGAUAUAAGCAAGUAGACAAGAAGUUUUUAGGUUUACGACUUCUUUAUCAAAAUUUUAUGCCCUGUGUUUCUCUAGUCGUUUUUAAUUAUUUAUUUUUAUUUUGUAAUGCAAAUUCGGGUACCUGUAUAACAUUUAACUAUUAUGAAGAGUACAUAAAAAAAUAUCAUAGACUAUAAACCUAUCAGAGAUAAGGUGAUGGGUGUUCACACUUCACUCUAAUAAUAUAUAAUAAGUGACAUACAAAGAGGGUGUUAUAUAUAUGAUGUACUACGUGAUAAGAGGCGGUACUGCCUUAGUAAAAAUUGAGUUUAGUAUGAAACGUGCAGUCAUUUGACAUAAGUUUGAAAUAGUAGUUAUUACAAUAAAGCGAGUGGCCAAGAAGUAUAAUCCGGCUAAGUUUGAAAGCGAACAGUUGCUUAAAACGUAGUGUAUUUCGGAUAUCUCCCUUUUUUACAAGAUUAUAGUCGUCAUCUGUCAAUCUAUCAAUGACUGCACGUUUUAAACAAUCGAGCGAUUCGCUUUUUUCUUAGAGAGUUUCGCUAGGCUUAUUACAUAAAAGUAGGCUGUACUGUAGAAUUAAAUUUAUACAAGAUUUAUACCAACGAAUAAUUGUUAAUAUAUAUAGAUUUGUCAAACGUAAAAAACGUAGAAUAAAUAUAUACUUUUGAAAAUAACAUUUUUUAUGUGUGCUUUAGAUCUGUGCUAAGUCUGUGGGAUCAGUUGAAGACUUCUGUUGAUUAGCUACUUACUCCAUGUGUUGGACAAAUAGUGACUAUGUAGCUUGUAUAGAGGGUAGCGGCCAGGGGUUAAUAAGGGAGAAAAGUUGAAAAAGUGUCCAGCUUAUGUGGUAAAUAAAAGUUCAAAAACCUUCCACAGUGGCGCUGGUGUAGGCACAGGGUAUGGCAUGAAGUAUGGUGAAUGUAGCAAUUGUAAACGAAUUGAAGUAGUUAAAUAGUGAAAAUUUCAACAAAUAAUAGAGUGAUUAGUAUUACUUUAAAAUUGGCGCUUCUUUUAAGAUUUACCCUGAAGCUACUGUGGCGCCACCCUAAUUUUUCAUUACGACGGACGCUUUUUCAUAUACCCAGUUGAUUCUCCUUGCCUCUACCCUCCAUAGUAGCUUGGCAUUUACCUCUCUACAGAUAAAAUAUGUAACUAUUAAUUCUGUGUCAUACAAAGGGGAGUUUCAAAAACAUAAGAUUAUUUAAAGUGCUGGUAAAUAAUGUCUUCCAAUAAAUAGAAACAAUCCAUUAAACCAUCUUAAUUCAAGACUUCUACCUCUACUAUCUUCAUACGACUGUGACGCGUUUAAAAGUUUUAAUAAAUACUUACCCCCUUAUUCAUAAUAGUCUGCUAACUUAAAGCAUUGCUUAUUCUCACUCUGUCUUCUUCUAUUGACCUUAGUCAGAAUGAGAAAAAACACUCCUAAGCGGCUGUUUAAAGUUAGCGGAACAUUAUGAAUAAGGGGGUUAAUAUACCUAAGCUGAUUUAAUUCAGAUUCCUUAAGAGACGGUCAUAAAUAAAUUAUGCAAGCGCUGCUGUGAGAAUUGGGGAAUUUAAGCUUUAAACUAUUAUUUUCUUAGUUUAAAUAUAACAGCAUCAUAAAUAUUUGUUAUUGAAUGACCCGAUAUGAUAUAUUAUGUAAUGUAUAUGUGAUACUAUUUUUUAUUAUCUUGGUGAUCCUGGUUAGGAUAUAAUGAAGUCACAAUUACCAUGAUAUUGAGUCGCCAUCGAAUAGUAAAACCAAAGUCUAGGCUAAUAGAAAGUUCGAAAAACGUGUUAUUUUGUUGGUCGAGGCCCUAAAACUAUGAGCUCUAGUUCAAUUCGGAAUGAUUGUUCGAAUGGCCUUUCAAUUGCUAAUAUAUCCCGUUAUUGCUCAUAUCUUUUACCUUUAUCAAUAAUUAAUACGUUUUGAACUUGUUAAUUAGGCUAGACUUGAAGAUAUUUAUAAUUACGUUUAAUGUUUCCAUUACAUAGAUAUACAAGGCGUAUAAUAUUUUACAAUUUUUCAACUAUGUUUUAGGUAGUAGGUAUUUAAGAAUCGAUAACACACGUUUAUUAAUAUAAUUGACGCCUAGUUUAAGGUACAGAACGCGUGCUGCUAUAUGUCACUUUGACAGCUGAUGUGCCUUUACGCCGCAGGCCGCCCUUGAAACCAAAGACAACAAAAGACGUAAAGCGGUGGUUAGACGAUUAAGUUUUCGGAAGUACAAAGGGCUUAUCAUACACGUAGGCAAUAAUCCAAUGUACCAUAUCUUAAUGUUGUGGAUUUUGUCAUUAAAUUGAUA